GGUGCGCGGCAGACACACGGCCCAUGACGUCCAAUGAGAACGCAAGAACCGCGCUUGGGGCGGGGCCUGGUGCCUAUUCGAAACAGGCGGCAGCUGCAGGAAGAUGGCCGUGCCGCCUCUCCGUCUUCGAUCUCGCUAUGCAAAGCUGCCCGCAGGUGACUAUGAUGGCGCUAAGAAGGCGACUGACGAACCUUCUCUUACGACUUCCCUGGAGUGGGACACGCAGGUGGUGAUGGGGUCCUCGCCGCUCGGCCCUGCGGAGCUGGGGGCGGAGGAGCCGGCCGCCGGCCCGCGGCUACCGUCAUGGCUGCAGCCCGAGAGGUGCGUCGUAUUCCAGUGCGCGCAGUGCCACGCGGUUCUCGCCGACUCUGUGUAUCUCGCCUGGGACCUGUCGCGUUCCCUCGGAGUCGUGGUCUUCUCUAGAGUCACAAAUAACGUCAUUUUGGAAGCGCCCUUCCUAUUUGGCUUUGAUGGUUCGUUCAAAGGCAGCACUUACAACCUUUUAUUCUGUGGAUCCUGUGGGACUCCCAUUGGUUUCCAUCUAUAUUCUACCCAUGCUGCCCUGGCUGCCUUGAGAGGUCACUUCAGCCUUUUCAGUGACAAAAUGGUGUGCUAUCUCUUAAAAUCAAAAGCCAUAGUAAACGCAUCUGAGAUGGAUCUUCAUAUUGUACCUCUACCAGAAAAGAUUGCAGAGCUGAAAGAGAAGAUAAUGGUAACACAUACUCACUUAAAUUCACUAAUGAAGAUUGUGAAGGAAGUGACUCCUGACCAGUCCAAGCCAGAAAACUGAUCCAGAACCAGGGCUUGAGUACCAAGUUCAGGCUUUAUUGCCGUCUUCAACAACAGGUGCUGUUUGGUCAUUUCUUGAAGACUGACUUCAAGAAUGGGGAGUGUGGGGGUGUGUGCAGUUUAUUUUGUUUAUCUCUAGGCUAAUUUUCUAAGUGAUUUGUAAAACUGUUUUUAGAGAGAAGCUAAAGAGUCUUCUGUCCAGGUUUCAUAGCUAUUUGCCUUAAGAACUCAUUUUAGCUUCUUAUCAAUUUCACAUUUAUCUCAGAAAACAUCUUUGACUGCAAAUUUAGGAAUUAGGAUGCAGUGUCCCAUGUGUCCACUGACCUAAAGAUGCAUGGUUGGUCUGAGAUUAGGGCUGGUCUUAAUGCUGAGUACUAGUAUUCCUACAUGCAGCAGGUGUUAUAUGAGUACUGAUCUUUUUUUCUUACGUAAAAUACAAAUACAUAAUAUUCUAUAGGUAAUAAAUAAAUUGACUGGAUAAUAUACAAUUUGUCACUUUUCACUUGUGAACUAAGCUUAACAGGCUAACAAUGAAAGGAAGCACUAAAACAUCAAAUAUUCAUUGAAGUACUGUUUUCUCUAAGUUUGUUUUAUGUAGCACUUUGGCUGAGUAGCUUAACAAAAUGUUUAUUUAAUAACUAUCUAUAAGGUAUUGUGCUAGGUACUGGACAUAAAAGGUAAGCAAAAUAGCCACUCUGUAUUCUCACAGAGCUUAUAAUCUAGUCAUACAUCAUAGACAAAUAGUCACAUAAAGACAUGUAAAAUCAGGGCCGGCCCAUGGCUCACUCGGGAGAGUGUGGUGCUGCUAACACCAAGGCCCUGGGUUCGGAUCUCAUAUAGGGAUGGCCGGUUAGCUCACUGGGUGAGCGUGGUGCUGAUGACACCAAGUGAAGGGUUAAGAUCCCCUUACCGGUCAUCUUUAAAAAAAAAAAGAGACAUGUAAAUCAUGACUAUAGUAAAGAGUUUUGAAGAGAAGAGAGAGAGCUAUAAGCACAUACAGUAGGUAACUGACCUGGUCUGGAGUUCAGGGAAGGCCUCUCUGAGGAAUUAAUGUUUCCGCAGUGAAACUCCUGAAAGAUGAGUAGGAAUUAAUAAGGUGAGGGAGGGAAAACAGCAUGUGGGAAGGCCUUAUGAGGUCCUUUGAGGCUCUUAAAAGGUCUGCAAGUUGUAAAGGUAGCCAGAAACCAGAGAGUAGAAGGCCUUACUGGCCUCCUGAAGGAUGUUUGUUUUUAUCCCAAAAACAAUGGGACACCCUUGAAGAAUUUUAAAAGGGGGAGGUGUGUGACAGGAUCAAACUUACUUUUUUAGAAACUCAUUUUAUGGUUAUCCUGUGGAUGGGUAGGAGGGGCUAUGGCACUAGCACAAUCAAGAAAUGGUAUAUCCAAGUAGUGGAGGAUAGAGAAGUUAACUAGGUUAAGAUGUAGCUAGCAGAAAUUUUUUAUAGUAGAUUUUUUUCCAUUUUAUACUACAUAUAGAACAUUUUCCUUUAAAAAUGUUUUAAAUUGGAGAAAAUUCUGAUUUGCUUGCUUUAUGCUUUUGAGUUGCAAAAUUUGUUCCUAUAAGCAAGAGUGAUGCUUCCUGGCAACAAACAGCACCAGAAAAGCUUUUACUGCUUAUAAAGAAUGGGACCUAAAAAAUUAGGUAUUCAAAUACUCAAUAAUGCUAAGGUUUUUUAUAUGUGUGGAUAUGUCUACCUCAACAGAUUUCCUUUAUCUAAAUUUAAAAGCUGUUCUUAUGUAGCUAUUUUUCUUAACCUCCGGAUUUGCCAUUUUGGUUGAGAAUUUCAGUACAAAAUUAAAUGCUUGAACCUGACACCAAAUUAGGCUGGCUGGCUUUAAGUAGAUUUUUUUUUUUUUUUUUCAAAAAUUACCUGCUCACCCUAGAAAAAAUUCAAAUAUACUACAGAUAUGAGACAAAACAAAGAGUGCAAAUACACUUCUUUCCCUUACAUUUUUGAGAGGCACAAUAUAGCAUGCUGACGAGUGGGCUCUGGAACUAAACUGUUUGGAUUCAAACUAUGGCUUAGGUACUUAUUAGCCAUGGAUGUGAAGAAUUAAUUUAAACUGGUUUUGUUUCCUUCUAUGUAACUAGAGCUAAGUGACUUAGUGAAUUAAUGAAUACAUCUAAUGUAAUUAGUGUUUAGCUCAAUACUAAGUGCUCAAUAAAUACUAGCUAUUAACCUUCAUGUAUGUGGAUACACACUUAUAGACAUAAAAUAAAGGCAACUGUAUAUAUGUCGAAAAAAGUAUUUUAAAACUCCAUGUGGCUGUAAGAACAACAAACAUCACACACUGAAGUUGUAAACUUUUGAGUUUCUUAGUUAAUGGCAGAAACGAUCUCCAUUUUUGUAACACCAACAUGUAGCACCGUAUGUGGAAUGUGAAGUUUGUCAAUAAAUAUUUGU